UUUAUACAUUCGGAGAUGCUAGAAGUUGGUUUGCGAGUUGUCCGCGGUCAAGAUUGGAAAUGGGAUGAUCAGGAUGGUGGCGAGGGUCAUGCUGGGACGAUAGUGGAGAUUGGUAGACCUCCCUCCAUAGGAAACUCAACAACUUCCAGCCCAAAUCCCACCGAUCGGACACCAGACAAAACAGUCAUUGUUCAAUGGGAUCAUGGCGCUAGGAGUAAUUACAGAAUCGGCUAUCAGGGUGCUUAUGAUUUGUUGGUGUUUGAUAACGCGGCCGCUGGCGUCAAGCACUCCAACAUCAUCUGCGAUGGUUGUAAGAGACAUGGGAUAAUUGGUAUCAGGUGGAAGUGCACGGAGUGUUUUGACUACGAUCUCUGCACUCAAUGUUACAUGGCAGAUGUACAUGAAUUAACACACACUUUUGAGAGAUAUCAAACGGCGAAUUCUGUAGGAGUUCAUCUGGAAUCGAGAGAAGGAUGCGCGAAAAUACCAUUGAAAGGGAUCUUUAUAGGAGCAAAAGUCAUUCGCGGACCGGAUUGGGAAUGGGGAAAUCAGGAUGGCGGACGUGGGAAAACCGGCAGAGUCAUGGAUAUACGUGGAUGGGACAAUGAAAGUAGUCGAUCUGUUGCAACCGUUACAUGGUCCACGGGUAGCACUAAUGUGUAUCGAUUAGGUUUCAAAGGUUGCGUCGAUCUAUGUUAUGUGGAGGAGGCUAAUGCUGGUACUUAUUACAAGGAACAUCUUCCGUUACUCGGCCAACCCGUCUUGACUGUACCGGAUAAUGGAAACAGCACAACACCGACAAAAAGCGGUGUCACCAGCACAUCUAGUCCACAUCCUCUAAUGUUUAACGUCGGCGAUAAGGUGAAAGUGCUAAUGGAGGUCGAUACGUUAAAAGAGAUGCAAGAUGGUCAUGGCGGUUGGAAUCCUCGUAUGGCUGAGUACAUAGGAAAGAUUGGCACGGUACAUCGAAUUACGGACAAGGGAGAUAUUCGCGUGCAGUACGAAGGCUGCCAUAAUAGGUGGACUUUCCAUCCAGGUGCCCUAACAAAAGUUACCGCUAAGGACGGAUUCUCUCUUGGUGAUAUAGUCCGCGUGAAGAGCGACCUAGCUGCAGUGAAGCAGUAUCAACGUGGCCACGGUGAAUGGAUAGACGUUAUGAAAAAUGCUCUAGGAAAGACUGGGAAGGUAAUUAAGAUCUAUUCUGAUGGCGACUUGCGUGUGGCGUUGGACAUACAUGGUCAUACAUGGACAUUUAAUCCGCUGAGUGUUGUUCCAGUAUCUUCUGGCACGAAUACUAUGACUGCCGCGCACGAUAAUGCAAAUAGCAGUAGAGAUCGUUCAGUUGAGGGCACCGACAGUGAAGUGGAAAAGCUGUUAAGAGAUGCAGCUAGAGGCGAAGCUGGAGUGGAUGCAGUACGGGAAUUCCUCAAGAAAUAUCCUGGCAGAGUGGAUGCGUGUGCUCCUGGCGGUGGCAGGAAAACGUGCUUGCAAGUGGCCGCUCAUCAAGGUCAGCUUGAGCUCUGCACUCUCCUUCUAGACGCUGGUGCUUCCUUGCGUGCGGUCGAUGAGGACGGAGAUACGCCUUUGCAUUACGCGGCAUUUGGCAAUCAGCCAGAGAUAAUGGAUCUAUUAUUAUCGCGAGGUGCAGCCAUCAAUGCCGUUAAUAACGGCAGAUGUAGCGCUUUGCAUGUGGCAGUUAAUAAGCAGCAUGUACAAUGCGUGAGAGUUCUACUGCGUUAUCAUUGCGACGUCAAUCUCCAAGACUCGUACGGCGAUACAGCGUUGCACGACGCGAUAGGAAAGGAUGCGCUAGAUGUGAUCGACGCGUUAUGCGCCUCCGAAAGGGUCGACUUCACGCUGAGAAACAAACGGGGCUUCAAUAUCCUGCAUCACGCCGCACUCAAGGGCAAUGCUCAUGCAACGGAGAGGCUGGUUGCGCGCGCGCGUCACUUGGUAGAUGUGAAAAAGGAAGACGGAUUUGCAGCGUUGCAUCUAGCGGCGUUGAACGGACACCGGGAAGUCGCAGCCAUCCUUCUCUCGCAAAACGGUGGCCGCGCCAAAGUGGAUCUGCGCAACAAUCGGCGGCAAACGCCAUUGCAUUUAGCAACUUCGCAGGGACAUUGGUCGCUCGUUGAACUGUUGGUACAUCACAAUGCAGAUAUCGGCAGUACGGAUGAGGAUGGCGACACUGUGUUACAUAUCGCGAUAGCAAAGAGUCCGAAUCAACAGACUGCUGUACCUACAUCCGAAAGUAGUCGGGAUUCACCGCUUUUAUAUGCUAUCUGGCAGAACCUGGCAAGGCAAGGCACAAAGACUGAAUUAGCAUUAGCUUGUUUUUUGGUAAGCGUGGACAGGAGCUGUAAACUCCUUGAGCAAGUCAAAAAUAACAAAGACAAGACAGCGCUCGAUCUUUUGGAAGGCAAUCCACAGGCCGCCCUGCUCGCCGAUCUUUUACGAUCUUACAAAUACCAAAGUCACAGCACACAAUUAGAAAUAGAGAACAGUCCAUCGCCCGGUUAUGUAGAGCCACCUGCGUAUCGGAUAGAUAAUAUAUCGCAGUCGGAAGGAUUGCAUGUUGCGAAGAAGAACAUAACCGGUUCCGGUGACGCGGCAGAAUGUCGAGAUUGCUCGGCGAUCAUAGAGAACACAAAACAGGAGAAUCGAAUUGAUCCUAGCAGUAGCGUUACGCUCGUUGGUUGUGCACGUUGUGGCCAUACGCAAACAAUUCAAGAUGGCCAGCUGGCGACAGGUGAAGUCUCUAUAGCCAAUUCGGAGGAUAAAUCGAAGGAUGUAUCUUUGGAAGGCAAACGGAAGGAGAUCAGUGACAGAGAAAAAGAGAAGGACAAAGAUCUAGAACGGUUACGUUAUUUGGAGACUAGAGUCGCGGAUCUCGAAGAGGCGAAUAUGUGCAGCAUCUGCAUGGAACGCCGUCGUAACGUCGCAUUUCUUUGCGGGCAUGGCGCGUGUGAGCACUGCGCCGCUCCGCUGAAGACUUGUCACAUGUGCCGCAAGACGAUCACAAAGAAAAUUAAUUUGUAUUAGAAGACCGAUCAAUGAUCACAUGUUCAUGGCUAUGUUCCAAAAUUGAUUGCCUGUAUUAAAAAUCUAUAGUACAUGUAACGUAAACUAUAGCAUUUUCAGUGUUGGCAGUAAAUUUGGAACACUGCCUAUAUCGGAACAUUGAUUCCACGCGAUGUAUAACGCGAGAGGAAAGGUCGGCGCGCGGCAUCAGCGAUAAUAACAGUAAAAUAACUCUAAUAUCCAAAUUUAGAUUACGGAGUUCAGAACGAGAGAUAGAGAAAUUUUUUACUCGCUG